CCAGUCAACAGGUUUGGAUUUGAGAUGCCUCUGUCUGUGAUCGUACUGAUCGUGUUCUCGGGAGCUGUUGAUGCUUCUGCAGCAAGUAAGACAUGAACCGCAGCUUUGGGCUUUUUGCUCCUUCCAUGACAUCCAUUACAUCUACGGGUGCUAUGAACACGGCGAGGUACGGGUGGACGUGGUUGUCGAUGAUGACGUGGCCGCGUACGCUGAUUUCCGCAAGGAUGAAGUGGUGUUUGCGAUACCUCACCUGCCGCAGUCUGUUCCAGACUUGCAGAAAAGGGCUUAUGCGUUAGCCAACGCUAGCAUUGCUCACUGUCACAGUGUUUUAGGUAAAGCAAGAAAAGCAGAUCCUGGUGCUCCCAUUCGGCAAGACGCUCCAGACAUCUCCAUGUAUACCCGGUAUGAGGGGGAGGAUGGUGUGGUGAACACUCUCUUCUGUUUGGCCAAUCACUUCUACCCCCCCUCCAUCAACUUCACAUGGACAAAGAAUGGGGUGGAGGUCACAGAAGGGGUAUCCAACCUGCGUUACCGCCACAACAGUGACGGGACCUUCCACAGAAUUUCAACACUGAGUUUUAUCCCUCGGGAGGGAGACGUUCACUCGUGUUCGGUGGAGCACCAAGCCUUACAUCGGCCUCUCGCCAGGAGCUGGGAGCUGGAGGAGAGGCCGAGCAGUGUGAGUCCUGGGUCUGUAUUCUUCGGUGUGAGCCUUGUUUUGUGCCUGAUGGGAAUCGGGGCCGGAGCCGUCUUCUUCACCAAGCAGCCAAAUUAGUGCCCUCACUUUCGGGAUUUUAACUAAAGCAGCUAAACCAGCAUUCAACUAAGCACUUACAUGUUUUAAUGAAUGCUUGACCUUUACGUACAGUAUAUGCGCACCACAUUUGGAAAAACUCUGCUGUGCGAUGGAAGAGCCUACCACAUGUAUGGUGAAUAUGUAGUGAUUGCCCUACAUAUUCCACUAGGGUUGGGUACCGAAACCCGGUUCCACUUAAUGUGUUGACUGAAAUAUUUUCCCUCUGUCGCUCCGAAACGGACGUAAAAAUAUCCCUGUUUCUCUGUAGUCUACCUUUAGCUAGCUACCGUAAAUGUAGGCUACUUUUAAGAUGCCAUAUCUUCCCUCUGGGCUCACCAAAACGGACAUAAAAAGCAUAUUAACCAUUCACUGCACGGGAUCGCUAGUUAACAUAUUACAUCUCCGAUCGGUUUAGGAAUCGGAAUCGUUUUAUAAGUACCGGUUCGGCAUCAGAAUCGUAAAAAUACAAACGAUAGCCAACCCUAUAUUCCACUUUUAAGACUCAUCUCAAACAAUGGCUUGAGACAAACCAGAACUGUGACCACUUUUAUAUUGACAUUUUGCAUAAUAUAUUUUGUUAAUUGAUUGAUUAAACAAAAAUCCAGAUUCAUAAUCAGUUCAAAAUCACAUGUGCAUGACUUCGGAGAGUGGGAGGUAAACUCCCCACAGAGAGAACUGGAUUCUGAGCAUAGACAGUAUAUAUAUAUAUACUGUACUUCCUGAUCUCUGACCUUUGACCUGCUGAUGAGUUCACUGAUCUCUCGUCUGGAUCAUCACAUCACACUCAGCGUUGAAGAGGGAGGACAACUCACCUUUUAAAAGGAAUGAUGAAGUCACAGAUAAAGAAACUGGAGAGUAGAGAAUAAAGUGGCAUACAGAGCAAAACUACCCAAAUAUUAUAUUUAUAUAUUUUAUAUUUGUUGCAGAUUUGGCGGCCCUACAGUUUCAGAGCACACUUUACUUAUACACUGCUGUCGUAUUUAAGAAUCGGGAAUUCAAAUCAAUGAACUAGAUCUGUUAUUAUAGCCUACAACAUGUGUGUGUUAUUCCAGAUAUACUAUGGAGAGAAAAAUGUAUCUUAAUACUUUAAGGACCAGGAAAUAGUCUAAGCAUUUAGGUCAAUGUCUCAAACCCACCUACUUUUAUUUUUUUUUUUUCGCUUUUUCAAAGUUUUUGUCACAUUUUUUGACCUUUUCUUGGCGCUUUUAUUCUAUGAUGGCUACCAAACUUCUUUGCUGACUUUUUCAAGCUUUAUGUCGACUGUCAGCUGUAAGUGAGAAGACUACAUGAGACCCCAUUAAGGUCAAAGAUAUUUGACUUUUUUGAUAAAUAAAAGCCUGUAAAUAAAGUAUCCAUGUCUGGCCCCUGAUUUAGGAGAUGUCUGAUUAUACAGUGCUAUGACCCCUGAUUUAGGAGAUGUCUGAUUAUACAGCGCUAAGACCCCUGAUUUAGGAGAUGUCUGAUUAUACAGUGCUAGGACCCCUGAUUUAGGAGAUGUCUGAUUAUACAGUGCUAUGACCCCUGAUUUAGGAGAUGUCUGAUUAUACAGUGCUAGGACCCCUGAUUUAGGAGAUGUCUGAUUAUACAGUGCUAGGACCCCUGAUUUAGGAGAUGUCUGAUUAUACAGUGCUAGGACCCCUGAUUUAGGAGAUGUCUGAUUAUACAGUGCUAGGACCCCUGAUUUAGGAGAUG